AUGCCACCUCCUCUCCUGCUCGCCUUCCUCCUCUUCCUGACCCUGGGGAGGGUCAGGUCCCAGCAACUACUGCAGGUGGAGACAGAAGAGGGAAGUGAUGCUGUGUUGCCGUGCCUCCAGGAUCCCCCGGAUGGUCCCCCCGAGCGGCUGAUCUGGUCUCGGGACUCCCAAGAGCCUUUCCUGGAGCUGAGCCCCGGGUCCCCAGGCCAGGGCAUCCAUGUGGGGCAUCUUGGCAUCUUGCUCCUCAUCUUCAACGUCUCUAAUGAGAUGGGGGGCUUCUACCUGUGCCAGCCAGCACCCCCCUCCCAGCGGGCCUGGCAGCCUGGUUGGACGGUCAGCGUGGAGGGCAGCGGGGAGCUCUUCCGGUGGAAUGCUUCGGACCCAGGUGGCCCAGGCUGUGGCCUGGGAAACGAGUCUUCCAGCUCCCAGCCAUAUGUGUGGGACAGAGACCACCCUAUGGAGUGGCACCCGGAGCCUGCCUGCGCUUCCCCCGGGGAUGAUCUGAACCAGAGCUCCAGCCUGGACCUCACCGUGGCCCCUGGCUCCACUGUCUGGCUGUCCUGUGGGGUGCCCCCUGCCUCUGUGGCCACAGGCCCCAUCUCCUGGGCCCACGUACACCCUACGAAGCCCAACAUCUCAUUGCCAAGUCUAAACCUGACCAUGGAAUCCCCAGCGAGAGAGAUGUGGGUCCUGGGGCCCGUUCUGAUGCUGCCCCAGGUCACAGCUGUGGAUGCUGGGAUGUAUGUCUGUCGCCGUGGCAACCUGACCAUGGAGAUUCACGUGACAGUCACUGUCCGGCCAGCCAUAUGGCACUGGCUGCAGAGGAAAAGCGGCUGGAUUGUUCCGGUUGUGGCUUUGCUUUAUCUGAUCUUCUGCCUGGGCUGCCUGGUGAGCUUUCUUCACCUUCGGAGAGCCCUGAUCCUGAGAAGGAAAAGAAAGAGAAUGACGGACCCCACCAGGAGAUUCUUCAAAGUGACGCCCCCCGCAGGAAACGGGGCCCAGAGCCAGUAUGGGAACGUGCUCUCUCUUCCUACGCCCUCCUCUGGCACAGGACGCGCCCAGCGUUGGGCUGCAAGCCUGGGGGGGGCCGCCGCACCCUAUGGACACCCGCUCAAAAACGUCCAGGAGGCUGGAGCCGCGGGAUCCCGAAGCCUGCCAAGAGCCAGCCCAGAAGAAGAGGAAGGGGAGGCCUACGAGGAGCCGGACAGUGAGGCGGACUCGGAGUUCUAUGAGAACGACUCUAACCCGGCGCAGGACCAGCUCUCCCAAGACGGCAGCGGCUAUGAGAACCCCGAGGAGGAGCCGUCGGGUCCUGAGGACGAUGACUCCUUCUCCAACGCCGAGUCCUAUGAGAACGAAGAUGAGGAGCUGGCCCCGCCGGUCACCAGGACAGCAGACUUCCUGAGCCCCCACGGGUCUGCCUGGGACCCCAGCCGGGAAGCAGUCUCCCUUGGCUCCCAGUCCUACGAGGACAUGAGAGGGAUCCUGUACGCGGCCCCCCAGCUCCGCUCCUCACGGCCAGGGCCCUCUUAUGAGGAAGAUGCAGACUCUUACGAGAACAUGGACAAUCCUGACGGGCCAGAACCAGCGUGGGGAGCAGGGGGCCAUGGGGGAACCUGGAGCACCAGGUGACCCCCAGGUGACCAGCCUGGGGCUCCUGGGACCCCCGAGAUCCACACCUGACUCUGAAAUCUAGGGACUGCAAGCAGAUGGUGUCAACCUGUGGAACAGCAUUGCUCAGGAUGUGUGCGUGUGUGUGUG